AUGCAAUUCACGACUCUUAGCGUGGUCAAUGCCCUGGCAUUUAUGCCUAGCGUUCUUGCUGCCGCACUCUCUUCUAUCCCUAUUGACUCAAGAAGCCUGUCCGAUAUUUACGCAGCUGCACAGAAGGAGAGCGGUGUUCUCUGCGUCGUUCACGGUGGAGAUGAGAAAAACCAGGCUGACGCGUUAUUCAACGCAUUCUCUGCAAAAUUCCCGAAUGUCAAGAUGAAACAUAGCGUUGAUCUCUCCAAGUAUCUCGAUGGCAGAAUCAACCAAGCGUUCCUGCAGAAUGAGUUAUAUGCCGAUAUGGCUAUCCUCCAGACGCAGCAUGACUAUGAUGCCUGGGAAGAUAAGGGAGUGCUGUUGCACUACAAGCCCCCAUCAUUUGACAAGCUGUGGCCCAGCUUGACCAAUGCAAAUGGCGCCUACCUCCCAAUAUUUGCAGCCAGCUUCGGCCCAUUCAUCUUCAAUUCCUCAGUAGUCCCAGAAGCAGACAUCCCCAAGUCCUACGGAGAUAUCCUAGACGCAAAAUGGAAAGGAAAGAUCGUCCUGACCUAUCCAAACGAUGACGACGCCGUGCUAUACCUCUUCAAACUCAUCAUCCAGCAAUACGGCUGGGAAUGGCUGGACAAGCUCCUCGAGCAAGACGUCCAAUGGGUCCGCGGAACCGAUACACCCUCAGCGAUAAUGCUACGCGAUACAGACAAGACAAUCUCAUUCACCACCUACCCUCCCGCCGAAGGAUGGGUCAGUGUUUCACCCCUCUCCGACCGAUACAUGAGCUGGACACAAACAAGUGCAAUCUUCAAGGAUACGAAGCUCCCUGAGACUGCGAAACUUCUUCAGGCGUACUUGAUCUCGGAAGAGUUCCAGCUUACCAGGGGCGUUCCGUCUGUGCGGAAGGAUAUUGGAAAUAGUACUAUUUGGGAUUCGGAGACUACGGAUUAUGUGACUUUCCAUCAGUUUAUGGAGGAUAGGGAAAGUGUUGAGCAGUUAAGGUUUGUGUUUGAGGAUAAGAUUGGAACUGCGCAGGGAUUGAGCCCGCUUAUUGAUGAUAUCGUCUAA